AACUUUGCAACUGUACAACAGUUACUCGGCUGAACCCAUCAUUACACCAAAAAAUAAACCAAACCAAAAAACCCAUUGAAAUGCUCAUCCAAAUCCUCCAUUUAGGCCAAGCCGCCCUUGCCGUCUACGGCGGCCAACAAUCUUACACGGCGAUCCAGAACCUCCUCAAAUACGAAGAAAAAGCCAAAAAGUUAUCCAAGUUCUCCAAUGAAGCAGAGCGGCAACUGCACAAAACGCGCACCACCAUGACCUCGGGAGCCGUCAGCCUCCUCGUGUCCCUACUCGUCUCGCUGCUCCUCGCCUUGCGCGGACACACAUACGGGUUCCUUGUGCGUUUGCUUUCGUCUCCGGUCAUGCUGGUGGCGGUUUACUCUGCGCGCUCGCACAUCCAGGACUACUGGGCAGCGAGCGACGGGAGAACGGUGGGGCCGCGGAUACCGGUGAAGAAGUUGGAGGGAUAUAAUGAGGCGCAAAGGAGGACGGAGGAGUUACUUGGGGUAUUGGAGUGGUUGAUGUACACUUGGGGGGUUACGGCGUUGGUGGCUGUUGCGGGGGAUUACUAAAUGGCACUCGAAAUCAGACACCAUUUGAAUGUGGAAUUUUGAGGCAACGUAUUGCCAUGCGAAAUUGGCGAGGUGCUGAGUAUUGAAACACAGUAGGGGCAUAUGUCACUUAUUGUUUGCUGUUUAUGUGGGCUAUAGUUACAGGCGGGGGAGCUGAUAGAUGAUGAUGACGAUUUUCCCAGGAAUCUGCACCAUGGAAAUGUCAUCUAUGGGCAGCUGGCCCAAACGCUAUACUCAGCACCCAGGUGGUGUGCCUCGGGCACGCAACAGUUAAU